UCAGACCAGAUGCUGCAGCCUGGACCGUUCUGGUUCCACAUGUGCACAGUUGCUGUGUCCGUCAUGAAUCUGAGCAGUGUUAGGACCCAGGGCAGAGCAGUAAAUAUAGAAGCAGCGUGUUGUUCAGAGCGGUUGGGGGUCAUGAGGAGGUCUGAACAGACAAAUCGGUCUGAGUCCAACUGCAGAGACAACACAGGCUGUGAAGAACGUCAGCGUUGAUCUGAGAGGAGCCUGAAGAUCCUCUGGAUGAAUGGAUGGACCCCCUGUCAGAGUCUAGAGACCUGUGACAGGUGUUGAUCCUGUGGGGGUCACGUCCUCCUCCUGAGGAGCAUGCUGCAGCUGUGUAAAGUCACCAGCGCCCUGUUCAUCAGCUGCGCCCGCUCAGCCUGCAGCGAUGAGCUCCUCCAGCAGGAGGCGGUCACGCUCUGCAUCAACGUCUCCAGGCAGCAGCCGUUUCCCUCCUCCGGCAUCAAGAAGCUGCGGGUCCCCGUGUACGACGACCCCAGCGAGGACCUGUUGAGCCACUUCGACCGCUGCGCCGACGCCAUCCAGACGGAGGCGAACGGCGGCGGACGCAGCGUGGUCUACUGCAAGAACGGCCGCAGCCGCUCGGCCACAGUCUGCAUCGCCUACCUGAUGAAGCACCGCCAGCUGACGCUGACGGAGGCCGUACAGGUGGGACGCAGGCGGGAGACGCCAACGAGGCCGGGCCCACUUCACCAGUGACCUCAUGAAACAAAGUGAAGACGGCUCGACACGUGAUCGACCCAAACCCCGGCUUCAUGUCUCAGCUGCAGAGAUACGAACGGGAGCUGAAGAGACGACGCGGAGCGGCCGACUGACCCUGAAUGCAGCGCCAGGUGAAUUCUUCCUGCUCGUCCGCCUUCGCUGCUGCAGCCUGAGGGCAGAGCUGGAUCCUCCUCAGAGGGCUCAAAUGCCAUUUUAAUCAGCGGGCAAAUAGCAUAGUUUCAGCAACAUUUAAAACGAGGUACAAGCUUCAGUUUGUUUUCAGUCUGUGUCCGGUCUGUUGAGUCUGAGGUGGAUGUGCUGGUUACUAGUAAACAGCGUUUAGUUUAGGAGCAGCUCGUUAUUAGAGUUAAUGUGGCUUUAGUUCCUCCGGUGUGUGACUGUCUCGUCGUCAUGGCGACGGGCUGUGAUGGUCCAGCUCUGUGUAACCACAAUAAAACCUAAAGCCGUCACUAA